AUGUAUCAUAGCGGUAUUGGCGGCGGUGGCUUCUUGCUGUUGAGGCAGAGUGACGGCACGUACGAGUUCGUCGACAUGCGCGAGACGGCGCCAGCUGCUGCGUCUCAGGACAUGUAUAACGAUGAUGAAGACCUGAGCAUUCAUGGUGUAUUGUGUAUGAUGAAACUGACAUCUUCUAGUGGUGUUCCUGGCGAGCUUCGCGGUCUCGAGUAUGUCCACAACAAGUACGGCGCUUUGCCCUGGGCUCAUGUCAUCAAGCCCUCAAUCAAGCUUGCCAGACACGGCUUCGAAGUGAAUGAGGACUUGGUCAGCGCCAUCAAGGGGCUGAGUCCCAACAACUUCCUCACAGAAGAUCCAGCGUGGGCCAUUGACUUUGCCCCCAAGGGACGCCUCGUCCGGCUAGGCGAGACAAUGACUCGCAAACGAUAUGCUGAUACGCUCGAGGCGAUUGCCAACCACGGCGCUGAUGCGUUCUACACUGGCCCGAUUGCUAAUGCUACUGUUCGUGCAUUGAAAGCAGCUGGAGGAAUCAUGACGCUGGAGGACCUGAAGAACUACACAGUGGCCAUCCGCGAGCCCUUACAUCUCAAUUAUCGAGGCUACAAGGUCACCAGCACAAGUGCUCCAUCAAGUGGUGCUGUCGCGCUCAGCGUUCUCAACACCAUCGGGGGAUAUGAGGGAUUCAACGAUCCUUCUCAAGUGAAUUUGACUACGCAUCUCUUGGACGAAGCCAUCAAGUUUGCCUACGGUCAACGAACUGAACUCGGAGAUCCGUCCUUUGUCGACGGAAUCGACGACUAUUCCAAGAAGAUGAUAGAACCCGCAACUGGAGCCGAGAUUCGGUCCAAGAUAUCAGACUUCAAAACAGAGCAGGUGGCGUACUACGACCCCAAGGGGCUGGAGUCGCUCGAGACUCCGGGUACUGGAAUGGCUGUUUCUAUGACCACGACAAUCAACCUGAUCUUUGGCUCAACGCUAAUUGUGCCGGAAACUGGCGUUAUCAUGAACAACGAAAUGAACGACUUCAGUAUCCCCGGACUCAGCAACAGCUUCGGCUACAUUCCCAGCCCAGCAAACUACAUCCGUCCAGGAAAGCGCCCACUGUCGUCCAUCUCACCCAUUAUCGCCGAGACGCCGGACGGAAAGCUCUAUCUCGCGCUUGGAUCUGCGGGCGGUAGCAGGAUCAUUACGGCGAACAUUCAGAACACGAUUCACGUUCUUGAUGGCAACAUGACGACUGCUGAAGCGCUUGCCCAGCCACGUUUGCACGACCAGCUCGUACCCGCCCAGACGACGUUUGAGUAUGCCUACGAUAAUGAGACGGUAGCAUAUAUGAAGUCGCUUGGACAUAAUGUCACUUGGGUUGCUCCGGGGCAAAGUACUGCGCAGGCUCUGAGACUGUUGCCGAACGGGACGUUCGAGGCUGCCGGAGAGCCGAGACAGGUGUCAUCUGGUGGCUUUGCCAUUUGA